AUGACGGGUCACCUGUUGUUUGUUCUUAUGUGUAAGUAAAAUUUUCUGAUUACAAUGUGUAACAUAAAUCUGGGCUACUAAAAAAACACAAAUACAAAUUUAUAUCAUGCAAAUUUUAUGUGAGUAUGUUUUCUUUUAUAUGUUAGGGACAUUUAUGUCGUAUGCUGUUAGUCUGUGCCAAAUUUUGAAACUACGAUGUAAAGAUUACAACUAGUUUCAUGUGGGAAACUUGAAUAUUUCUUUAUGUUAGUCUUGAUUCCUCCUCUUACAAACAGAACUGCACAUGAGGUAAAACUUGAUUCUUUUACAAUUUUUCUAUAGACCAACCAGUUAAUUAUUAUUUUAUUGAUUUUUUCAUCACAGGCUGCUGUCAUGAGAUUCAAGUACAGGGUCAGUAUUUUCACUGAUGUUCAGCUGUGCUUUGUUUGUUUUACAAAGUAAUUUGAAUGGUUAAAUGUUUCCUGUAUGCUAUUUUUGUGCUGUGCAAAUAUACUCUGCUUGGAUCAGUGUAAAUUCUCAAUGUAUUGAUGUGGACUUACCUGUGAUAAAUGUGUAUUUUUUUUAAUUUCAGCUUCUCUUCCCCCUAAGCUGACAGUGAAUUCAGCAGUGAUCUCAGAGACAGAAUCUGUAACGCUGCACUGUCGGCCUCCAUCAUAUCUUUCUGUGUUCCAGUGUAACUUUGACUUUGGAGGACAUGUCAGAGUAACCCUUUGUCUGCAGACACUAACAGGAACUGAGCUGCUGCACAUAUCACAUCAGAGAUCACCAGCAGAAAUUAAAGUUAAAUGUUUUUAUAUCGAGAAGCUUCAAGACAUAAACUCUCCGUCACCACACAGUGACAUAUCCUCCAUCAUCAUACACAGUGAGUUGAUAAAUUUCUGUUGCUUUGACAUGUAAACUGAACUAAGGCAAAAGGACUCUAGUAAAUGUGAGCGCUAUUUUCAGAGUUUCUGCCUUUCUUAAUUUUCUAUUAUCCCUUAUUUUUAAAAACUGGUUUCACUUUCUUACAGACUUGGUCUUCUUGAUUGUAUUUUGGGUUCCUUGGUUUUUGUGGUGCCUGGGUGCAUACAAUGUUUGAGUUACAGAUGUAGUUCGGAUUAGUUUUGUUUUUGGUCCUCUUUGGUAACCACAUUCCAUUCAUAUGGAUACUUUUCCAUGUAUGUAAAAAGCCCAUUGUGAAAUCUUGUAUUAAAAGGCUCUGUGUAAUAAUAAACAAAGUAUUAGUAUUCUAUUAUGUAGUAGAAAUAUCAUGAAAAUGAACCACUGACUAAAUCACUAACUAAAUGUUCUCUAAACUGUUUGAUGCCCCAUCAGGUUCAACCAACAGUGUGUCUCCAUCUCCACGGUCAGUUACUUCUGCUGUACAAAAAACAAGUAAAAUCUUUAAUGGUAAAUUUAUAAAGAAUUUAACUGCAGUAACAAUGAGGACAUGUGGCGUAUUUAAUACAUUUUGGUAAAAACAGAUACAAAUAUAUAAAUACAGAAACUUGCUAAAAAGUCAUCCUAGACUUAUACAAAGUGUGUUUGAUGCUGUGAAGAAUUGUAAAAUAUUGUGGCUGUGUGCACACUAGGUUCAAGUGUUGGUACGCCUGA